CAUAUUUUCCAUUACUGUUUUUCUUUUAAUGUUCCAUCGCCGAAAAUAUUGAAAUGCGCGUUGAUGUCACCCAUAAAACUAACCUGUUAUUACUGGCCGAAUACUGAGAACACGGUACUGUAGUAUGAUUCACUGGGGCGGUCUCGUUGACAAAAGAACCCGGUCAUUUUACUUCCUCGGGCGCUAGGGGAAACCGUAUGCACAUCAAUCUCAAGUAGUCUAUCGUCCAUGUUUUCGAAAUGAAGAACAAAAUCAGACACGAAGAGACGCGGGAAAACGUUCCUAACACGGAUACAGCCAACGUGCCCUUUGCUAACCGAAUGUACGUCUGGUUGUUAGAAUGCUGCAGUUUGUAAAAUCAUCGCUAGAUAGCAACCUCGAAAAAUCCAGAGAAUAGCCAUAUACAGCACCAAAAUAACUACAAAAGUGCCACAGUUUUUCAAUAGAAAUAAAUCAGAGAUAAUGAUAUCAAUUUAGUCUCUUUGUUUCUACCGCCGACGGACAGAAGUAAAGUGGUCUAACAACUCUGUCAUCAGUACACUACAUACGGGACACUGCACACAAAAGUCCUUUGACCAAUUGGAGCACCCGAAAGCAACUCAGGCGAUACACCUGCCUUUCUCCACUUGUUUCAGAAGCUUUGUAUUCAUUUGUGAAAGAGGUCAAACGUAUUGAAUAGACCAAUUCGCUGGGUUUCAGUCACAGUCUACAAAUAAGGAAUGCCGUAGCUCCUUUACCAGAGCAGAGGUCAUCAGACAUCAAUGUUGGUAUGUCCGAGCUAAUCAGGCGUAUAACUACACUCGUGGGUUGGACGUCCCACUCCCAGGUCCAGUUAUACACCAGUUAUUAUCCCGGUCAACGAACCCGGCCGCACAACCCUGCGCUACAUGUAGCCGGUCAGUGGGCUGGGGAACAAAGACAACCCAUCAGCAGGAAUCCUGCCCUCACGAUGCCACCAGUGUUAUUCCGGUCCAUGCCCACUACGGCAAGACGUCGUCGUGUUACGCUGACCGUGGCUUUGGCCUCAACUUUGACCUUUCUAGCAUUCGCGUUCGUGUACGUUGAUUCGAACUGCUCAAGAAAAGCAAGAUUGAUGUCUGUCAAAACAAUUGGCGGAAGUAGAACCCAGCGCCAUGCCCUGAUGGAGGAUGACAGCAGCGAGUGGACACCAAUCGGCGUCGGUGAUGUCUUGCCAUCUGCCCAAAACAACAGGAGCUUCUACAUGUCCACCCGGGACAACGUCAGUGUCGUGUUAGAGAAACGGAAACGCAAGAAUCGAGUGAUAGAGGGAGCAAAACAUGAGAGCAUGGAUGGGGAAAAUCCAAAGCCACAAGCUCCAAUCGUCUUCAAAAGAUUACCAGCGAAGAUCACACAAGAAAGUUCUGGACCUUUGACAAAACAUUCGGCUCUACCGACUGGUGGCAAUCGUGGUGCUGUUCAUGUAAAACCGAAGAAUAAUACAAGAUCAUCCUUCUCUGCUACUGCUUACAGACUGGAAAGGAUUAGUAAGUGGAGCACGUGGAACAUCUGGCCAAUAAAUGAAGCAGUCCUCAGAAAAAUCAGGACACUUUCUCGUGCUCUUCUUCCAAAGUUCGGGAUGGGCAAGGAUGAAAUAAGGUCGGACUCUACCCGACUCCACAAAUGUGUUAAGAAAUCGAGAGGAUGCAAGCUGGACAACAAAAACGCCAUACGUCACCAAGACACAUGCGCAGUAGUCGGCAACAGUGGUAUCCUGACCGGCAGCCAUUGCGGUGGUGAGAUUGACACCCAUGAUUACGUCAUCAGGUUCGGCGUCGGCCCAACCGUCGGAUACGAACAUGACAUCGGCAGGAAGAGAAACAUUACAUUUCUAAAUAGGGACAUUCUUCUCAAAAUAACCAAGUCUCUCCGUUCGCCUGCAUCCAAAAAUGUCUACACACAACGUCUGAAGCGUAUGAACUCUUCAACCUUAAUGUUUGCAAAAGGCAAGAACAAAGAAUGGAACACAGACAUUGAAAGUCUCAUCACAAUAGCCAGGAGAUAUAACCUCUGCUUCACGCUUAGAAAGAAUACAAAGAAUCUCGGAAUCAUAAUCAGAGGUAUCCUGAGCCAAGAAAUGCCUGACCUGGCCCAGCAUCUCGGAGGAGUGGAGACAACAGGCAUCUUAUCUGUCUUCAUGGCCUCCACCUUCUGCCAUAGGAUUAACAUCUACGGCUUCUAUCCUUUCACGAAAGACAUUCACGGUAAAGACAUCCAGUAUCACUACCACGACAACGUAAAACCCGGACGUAAGGGUUCAGCCGAUAACUACCCGGUGGAGUACAUGGUAAACAAACGUCUGCACAAGCUGGGAGUUGUGAAUCAUAUCAUUGACAAAUGUCAGUAAGCGCCUCCUAUUGGUAGCAACCUUACCUACAGGGAUAUUAUGGUCUAUUUGUUAGCUAUCCUACUUUUGAGCCAUUAGCUGGACAUUCGGAACUUAAUACAGUAAAUUAGUUGUAUGUUAAUGAUAGGGGGUAUGUUAGGGAAAACCCAUUAUUAGUUCACCAGAUAUCCUUAUUUAUCAAGAGUUUUAGCGAGCAAUUUAUAUGUUCUAUUUAUCAGUGACAUGGAAAUUUCUGCUUUUGGUUAUCAUUAUGCAUGUAUAGGAGAAAAA